AUGCAGCUGACUGUCGCAACUCUCACUCUCUUGGCAUCCUUCUUCCUUGGUGUUGCAGUGGGUAGUCCAACCCGCCGUGCUGCAAAGCCUCCCGCUCGUGGACAAGCAAGAUCAAUAAAUGUACAACUCCUUCGAGAAGUUCAAUGCGCUGUUUGUCCAGAAGACAUUGAGACAAAUGAUGGCACUGCAACACUUGCUUCUGAUCAAGGGACAAAUGACGGGAUCACUAUGUGCAUCUACGACGAGAGUUCCGGCACGAUUGUCUGUCCCUACGUAACGGAUACUGGAGAGUUGAAUGGCACUGUCGAGUACUGUCCACAAACGGUUGCUCUCGAGGACUGUGUCAACAGUUAA